GCGCUCGUCUUUUUUUUUCUCUCCUUCUACUCAGGACGCAUCCAAACGUACACAAAACACUUUGGUAACAACGUGCUUUUUUUUUUUUUUUUUUCCACAAAAAGAAAGAAGAAAAGAACAACGUUGCAUUGAGUUGAUGCAAAAAAAAAAAAAAAAAAAAAAAAAAAAAGAGGACGCACCUCCAUGGCACUUUGGAUAAGGACGCCGGGCAAGGACACCGCACUACACCGCUGAUGCUGAUGCUGAUCCGGGCGGGAUAGGACCCACUGACCGGUCUCUCUCUCUCUCUCUUUUUUUUUUCUUUCUCACGAUCUGCACACCUUUGUCACGCAUCUGGAUGCUUUUUGUCCUUGCUUUUUUUGAACAAGGGUGACUCACUGCGUGCAGAAGGCGAGCCUCUGCAUCCUAAUCACACAGCAGCUCAUUGACAUUACAGUCAGACUUUUCUGGAGCCUUUUAUUUAUUUAUUUAUUUAUUUAUUUCCACUGCUGCUGCAUUGUAGCCUGCAAAGAAGAAGAAGACAACAAAAAAAGGAUACACAUUUACCCCAAAACCCUCCUUUUGGAACUAUAUCUGGACUAAUAUCCACUUCAUUUGGGUGGUAUCAAUUUGCAUUCACCAUGACUAUUCCGUUUGGAGAGUGGAUCAUGAUUAUUGCUCAGAUGACUCCGAGUGCGGCAUUGAAUUUAAAUUAGGUGUUCAGCGGCCACAGAUUGCUGGGAGAGGCAGAGGAGGAGUGCAACAGAUAAAACACAAUCCACCAAGGCGAAUGCCGAGACCUCGCAUGAUGACCAGGACUCUUUUUUGGAAGUGAUAACACGGAGCUGUAGCGGAAAAAAAAUAUCAACAGGUCAACGGCAACGCAGCUUGAAGCCACUUCCAGAGAGUGGGGAUGUAUCUUUCUGUUUUUUUUUUCCUCCUCUUGUGGGCUCAAGCCCUGACGCUGAAGAACUUGAAUUACUCCGUCCCCGAGGAGCAAGGACCGGGGACGGUGAUCGGAAACAUCGCCAAAGAUGCCCGACUCGGCCUGGAACAGACCGGGCAGGGCGGGCAAGGGAAGAAAGCCAACUUCAGGGUGCUGGAGAACUCGGCGCCGCAUCUCAUCGACGUGGACCCCCAGAGUGGACUGCUCUAUACAAAACAGCGCAUUGACCGAGAAACCUUGUGUAAAAGAAACCCCAAGUGCCAGCUCUCCAUGGAGGUGUUUGCGAACGACAAGGAAAUCUGCAUGAUUAAAAUAGACAUCCAAGACAUAAAUGACAACUCCCCCAGUUUCCCCUCAGACCAGAUCGACAUUGACAUAUCUGAAAAUGCAGUCCCAGGGACACGUUUCCCCCUGACCAGCGCUCAUGAUCCAGAUGCAGGGGAAAAUGGUCUGAAAACCUAUCAGAUAACACGCGAUGACUACAAUCUCUUUUCCUUGGAGGUAAAAUCCCGUGGGGAUGGAACUAAGUUCCCAGAAUUGAUUAUCCAAAGGCCACUAGACCGGGAAGAAAGAAACCAUCACACCCUUAUUUUGUCAGCCACUGAUGGAGGGGAAUAUUCAAGGUCUGGUACCAUGCAGAUAAACGUUAAAGUUAUUGAUUCAAAUGACAACAGCCCAGUGUUUGACCAGCCCUCGUAUGUUGUUGAAAUUCCUGAAAAUUCCCCUCCCGGUAAAGUCUUGAUCGAUUUAAACGCCACCGAUCCUGACGAGGGCAACAAUGGACAAGUGGUUUAUUCUUUCAGUGGCUAUGCCCCAGAGAGAAUCCGGGAGCUGUUCUCCAUAGAUUCUAGAACAGGAGUCAUCAAGAUUCAGGGCGAAAUUGACUACGAAGAGAGCCCUGUUAUUGAGAUUGACGUACAGGCAAAGGACCUCGGCCCCAAUCCGAUCCCGGGCCAUUGUAAAGUCACCGUUAAAGUGCUUGACAGGAAUGAUAACUGGCCCUCUAUUGGCUUUGUGUCCGUACGACAGGGAGCCAUCAGCGAGGCGGCACCUUCAGGCACCGUUAUUGCGCUGGUCCGCGUCACAGACAAGGACUCUGGCAGGAAUGGCCAGCUUCAAUGCAGAGUGCUGGGUAAUGUCCCCUUUAAGCUAGAAGAGAAUUACGAUAACUUCUACACUGUCGUGACGGACAGACCGUUGGACAGAGAGGCGCAAGACGAGUACAAUGUCACCAUUGUGGCAAAGGACAAUGGCAUUCCACCUCUGAACUCCACAAAAUCUUUCACCGUAAAGAUUUUGGAUGAGAACGACAACGUCCCACGCUUUACUAAGUCAGUUUACCUACUGCAGAUACCGGAGAACAACAUCCCGGGAGAGUUCCUGGGUUCAGUGCUUGCUCAUGACCCGGAUCUGGGACAAAAUGGCACGGUGUACUACAGCAUUAUUAACUCCAACGUGAGCGGGGGCGAUGUCAACACGUAUGUAAACGUGAACGCCGCCAACGGAGCCAUAUAUGCAGUCAGAUCGUUCAACUAUGAGCAGAUCAAAUAUUUUGACUUCAAAGUACUCGCUCGGGAUGCAGGAUCGCCGCACCUGGAGAGCAACGCUACGGUGCGCAUCAGUGUUCUGGACGUGAACGAUAACAUCCCUGUCAUCGUUCUCCCGCUUCUACAAAACGACACCGCUGAAAUCCACGUGCCGCGGAAUGUCGGGGUGGGCUACAUUGUCACCACGGUAAGGGCAGUGGACAAUGACUACGGUGAAAGCGGGAGACUCACCUACGAGAUCUCUGACGGGAACGAGGAGCACCUUUUUGAGAUGGAUCCAGCGACUGGUGAGGUGCGAACAGCCCACCCUUUCUGGGACAAUGCCAGUCCUGCCGUCGAGCUGAUUAUUCGCGUGUCGGACCAUGGCAAGCCGACCCUCACCACUGCGGCGAGGCUCAUCAUCAAGGCCUCCAACGGACAUCCCGCUGACGGACUGCUGCAUGUCGACAACCAUCAGAAGUGGGACAUGUCCCUGCCUCUCAUUGUGACUCUGAGCAUAAUCUCAAUCAUGCUUCUGGCUGCCAUGGUCACCAUAGCAGUCAAGUGCAAACGGGAAAACAAGGAGAUACGGACCUAUAACUGUCGAAUCGCAGAAUACUCGCAUCCUCAGCUGGGGAAAGGAAAGAAAAAGAAGCUUAACAAGAACGACAUCAUGCUGGUGCAGAGCGAGGUGGAGGAGCGGGAUGCCAUGAAUGUGAUGAAUGUGGUAAGCAGUCCUUCCUUGGCCACCUCUCCCAUGUACUUUGACUACCAGACACGCCUGCCACUCAGCUCACCGAGAUCAGAAGUCAUGUACCUUAAGCCCACUACCAAUAACCUCAGCGUGCCCCAAGGCCACGUGGGAUGCCACACCAGCUUCACAGGCCCAGUCACCAGCACUACAGACACACCUACUAACCGCAUGUCCAUCAUACAGGUAAGGGACUUGCCCCACUCUCACACACUGUUAUGCCCACUCCCACGUGAGCGCCUUCGUGAAGGAGGGAAGCCGCUGUCCGUGGUUUUCACUCUCAACCAGGUUUCCAUUGUGAGCCAUCUGCAAAAGGGCAAAGGCCAGAACAAAGAGCACGGAAACUUCUAA